UUUUACUUCCGGUUCGGCCAUGGCGCCAAGUUGUGAAUGGUGAUCGAUCGGCGAUAUAUUUCGACCACUUUAAUUGUGCAACCUUUUAACAUAUAUAUGCACAUCUAACGUCGUGACAUAUAGACAAGCAGCACGGGUGUAGAACAAUGCUGUAUGUCCCUGACAGUGUGGAUAGCAUAGCAGACCCCGGGACCGAUUCCACAUCUUCCAUCACACCAACACAACAUGUCUACUACACAGACAACACGCCCAAACGCCAGAGUUUGGAGAGCGAGACGUCCUUCGACAGUGGUUACUUCUCUCCUCCGGCCACCGGACCCUCUAGUUUCCCCCACUUGAUGCAACAGCAGCAGCAGCAGCAGCCACCACCACCAUUAUACACAUCCAGCCUUGUGCAGCAGAGUCCAUCCAAGAUCGCUAUGAUGGCGUCGGUGAUCGAUGACCUCACUUCCCCCAGACCCACAAAUCAUGACCUGCCCCUGCUGGAUGACUGGGACAAAAACUUCAUUGAAAAUUUUGAAGAAAACCUUUUUAGUUUAGAUAACGAAGUUGACAUUGGUUUGCUUGAAGGUCUUUUCAAGAGUCCUUUAAAGAGUCCGCUGAGGAUUCUGAGUCCGGGCAAAAGAGGUCUGACCUCCAGCACCAGUCCCUACAAGAUGGCAGUCUCCAGGAGUCCUUACAAGAGCCAUUUUAUUCCAAGUCCUCGUAAGAUGAGUGAUGUGCCCCGGAAGAGGGUUGUGUCGGUGGAGAGUAACGGACAUGGGUAUGACCCUACGAGGAGACAGUUUGAUGGGGUCUCAUUUGUCCAGUCGGGACUUCAUGGAGGUCAGCAUCAGGUCAUGUCAAAGGUCAUGCCAGCGGAAACCAUGACAACGAAUGUUCUGGGGGCAGGAGUUUUGUCAGCUUCCGAGAACAAACCAAGCAACACGUAUGUUGGCAUCCCGUUGACAAAUAUUGGUGGCCCCACUGCACAAAAGCGUAUCAGAUUGGACUCUAAGUCUUGUACAAAUCCAAAGCAGAUCCGAAAAACCAAAGAAAACAGUGCUCCUUGCAUGUCCCGCCAGAAACUGCAACUAGCCCGUGCCAAUUUUAGACUUUCGCUGGAGAAGGCUAUGGAGACAGCGGCAUCCAGGGGGCUGCAUCGCAAGUCUGACCAGUACCCUCAGCUGUCUAAAGCUCUGUCCAUGCCCAGCAGUGAUACAGCUCCUAGUCCCCCUCUGGGGGUGUCCAGUGAUGGGGUGGGGACCUCCAGCCCCACCCCCGGGGUCCCCAGCACUGCCCAAGGCAACCCCUACCUGGAGGAAGAUGCAGAAAUCCCGAGUUCUUGGCUUGGAGGGAGUUGCACCGAGGUGGGGGCAUACGAAGUCGAGCCCCAGUCAGAGUGUAAAGUUGUAAUUCGCAAGAGGAGGAGAUGAUCAGCUUUACUUCGCUUGUGAAUAUUUUUGCUUUUGUUAUGCAAUGUCUGACACAUGAAAAAUAUUAUAUUUUUUACUUCUCUGCAGCAUUUCUCACUGUAUCUACCCUAAUUAUUGUUUGCAUUUCCAGGCUAUUUCCUUUCUUCAAAUACACCAAAAAAAAUUACUAUAACAAGUUUUAUUGUGUGAGUGUAUGUUUAUUGCAUCCAAACUGAAACAUACAUAAGGGUAUGUUAUAAUCUGAUUGAAUAGCAAACGCACUGUUUUAUUUAGGUCUAAUUGUGGUUGUGUGUAUUAUACAUAGAUCUUGUUUUCAUUACAGUCAUACCAGUAACCAUGGUAGUCCUGAUCAAAUAAUUACAUCUUGAAAGCUUAUUGCAGGUUCCUGUUAAACACAGAGAAGCGUGUACUGAAGGGUCACAAGCCGUUUCUAGAGGUUAUUGCCUUAAAAGAACAAUUUUUAUGUUAAUAUAACAUAGUCCUUGAUUAUGAAUAAUAUUGUUUAAUGAACGUAGACCAGAUCAAAUUUUUCUUCUUCUUUUUAAGAUGAUCCUACACAAUUUCCUACAAAAUUUUCCAUUUUGAUUUCUCAGUUUGGGCCUAUUGGCCAAAAAAACCUGCAAGUCAAAAAUAACAAAUUGGUCCGGACUAAGACUGUGAAGCUGAAUGCUGGACAUCUGAUUGGUUCACAUCACCAGUGCAUGAUAUGUAUCAACAACAUAGCUGUAUCAAUUCACUAUAUUAUGGUUAUUUUACAGACAUAAAUAAUAAUUGUAGUAAUGAUAAUAAUUAUCCUGAUAUGACUCAAGAUAUGCAUGAAGUAUAUAGGUCCUUGUGAUAUACAUAGCGGUUAAGUGAUGGAGAUCGUAUCAUGACAAAAGUUGUCCCCCUUUGACCAUUGGGCAGGUUCCAGUGAGAAGCUGAUUGACAGUUUUGUUUAUAAUCUGUAAAGGGUUCACCUUACAAAUGUAUGUUUUAAUAGUAUUGUCAAAUGCUACAUAUCAAAAUAAUAGUGUGUGACUAUUUCUAGCAAGAACUUUCUACCCAACUCUCUAUCAGCUCCACCCCACCACUUCGUAGGUCUACCCAACCCCCACACAGAUCCACCCCACCACUUCAUAGGUCUACCCAACCUCUUCUCAACUCCACCCCACCACUUUGUAGGUCUACCCAGCCCCUCUCAACUCCACCCCACCACUUCGUAGAUCUACCCAACCCCCUCUCAGCUCCACCCCACCACGUGGUAGAUCUACCCAACCCCCUCUCAACUCCACCCCACCACUUUGUAGGUCUACCCAACCCCCUCUCAGCUCCACCCCACCUCAUGGUAGAUCUACCCAACCCCCUCUCAACUCCACCCCACCACUUUGUAGGUCUACCCAACCCCCUCUCAACUCCACCCCACCACUUUGUAGGUCUACCCAGCCCCUCUCAGCUCCACCCCACCACUUCGUAGGUCUACCCAACCCCCUCUCAGAUCCACCCCACCAAACCCUAGGUCUACCCAACCCCCUCUCAGCUCCACCCCACCACUUAGUAGAUCUACGCAACCCCCUCUCAGCUCCACCCCACCAAGCGGUAGGUCUACCCAACCCCCUCUCAGCUCCACCCCACCAAGCGGUAGGUCUAUCUAACCCCCUCUCAGCUCCACCCCACCCCUUUCACAGGUCUACCCAACCCCCUCUGACUUCCACCACCCUACCCCCUCACCUCAAAACCUCCACCCCAACCUCCUCAAAGCUCUUCAACCACCCAAAGUUUAACCAAAAAAUAGGACAUCAGCCUGUAUAACUGUUCUGGUUAGAUACACAAAUUAGCAUAAGCGCAGUCAAUCUAGACUUGUCAUCGUUGAUUGUUGAGGAACAGGUUUUUAUGGGGACUGGUGAUGACCAGGCCUGCUAUGUGUACUUUGUUGUAAGAAGUGAUGUUUGACGAAGAUUGUCUUUCAGUCAUGUUUGCUGGAUGUUGUCUGUGAUACGUGUGUUUUUAACGGGUAUUUAUUGACUUGUGUUGUGAUGACAUCUGUUUAGUAUUGAUACAUGAUACAUCAAUGUAUCGUGUGGGGAUAACAUCCAUAUUGUAUCGAUACAGGGAUACCAUGCAUAGGGUUGACAUCUGUUUGGUAUUGAUACAUGAUACAGCCAUGUAUCGUGUGGUGAUAACAUGCAUAUUGUGUCGAUACAGGGAUACCAUGCAUAGGGUUGACAUCUGUUUAGUCCUGAUACAUGAUACAGCCAUGUAUCGUGUUGUGAUAACAUCCAUAUUGUAUCUAUACAGGGAUACCAUGCAUAGGGUUGACAUCUGUUUAGUCCUGAUACAUGAUACAGCAAUGUAUUGUGUGGGGAUAGCAUCCAUAUUGUAUCGAUACAGGGAUACCAUGCAUAGGGUUGACAUCUGUUUGGUAUCGAUACAUGAUACAAAAAUGUAUCAACCAUGAGGAUAACAUUCAUUUUGUGUCGAUAUAGGCAUGUACAAUUCUUUGGAAUAACCACUAAUAUGUGUAUCCGUAGGUUACCUACAGUCUUAAUUAUACAGUAACCAUGGUAAUUUUGUAGUGGGAAUUUAAUCCUGACUGACAUGAUGGCUUGUGUUUUAUCUAGGUUUGCUGGGACUGUUGUGUGUGGUCGCCACAUUUAAUCAGUCAUUUAACUAUGGAAAUUGAGGUUUCCCUUUUCCGCCUUGCUUCAGGUAAACAAGCUGAGUAUUUUUUAGUUCCAGCACCAUAAAUAAACAUUACCGUAUAUCGCUGUGUAUAAGGCGAGUUUUUCGUACCUAAAAUGAGGGCGCUAAGAAGACUCUUAUACACGGAGUCGAAGAUCUCACAUUUUUUUCCACUGGCGAUGUCAACUGGCGUCCGAUAGCCAGCCAAGCAUUUGACAAUAAAACUUCGCAUUUCGAUUUUUAGGGCGUGUACAGGGGGGUCGUCUUAUACGUGGGGUCGCCUUAUACACAGCGAUAUACGGUAGCUUCAUUGGGUUUUUUGGUUUUUUAUUAGUUGGUUUACAAAACGAUUGGCCUCAAAUUCAAUGGAAUAGUAGGUGGCCGACAUUUCACCUUCCAGAUUAGUACUGCUAGCAAUAAAUGAAAAACCAAACAUGUUUCAACAUGGCAAGCUACUGAAAGAUAAUUGUUAAGGUUUUUGGGGGGUUUUUUUUAUCUUUUUUGUUAGAAUAAAGAUUGUUGUAUUAUUCACCAUUUCUAACAAACAGCAAUCUUGUAGCUUUUUAAUUUUAUUAGUUGUAAAACAGCGUUGGACAAAACAAUAAUUGUCAAAAGUCAUUUUAUUUUAAUUUUUCUAAUUUCAAUGUCUUUUGGUCAGUCGGUCGGUCUCGUAAACCAACUUAAUAAAAUAUAAGGCUUAGCCAUAACGUCUAAACCUGUUAUAUGUAUGAUGGCUGUCCAGGAAGGUCCAUUUCAGAAAAGAAAUAGUAUGUUGGCAAUGAAGUUCUUCCUGGCACAAAUUUGAAAGAAUUACUCUGAAAAAGUAAUGAUAUUUAUGUUUGGACUUUCCGAUCUUUUUCUUGUUGUUCAGCCCUGAACUGUAUUCAACACAAUGCCCAUGCACUAGUAGACCUUAGGGUUUUUUAACAAUCUCAUUAAAAUCAGAUCUUAGUUCUCGCUGCCGCUAAACAAAGAUCUGAGGACAUCCCAUUACAGGUCACGUCAGACCGACCUUGCGCAACUUUGACUGACCAAUGGAAUAACCAAUCAGAAGGCAGCUUUCUCGUACUUUACGGCACUUAUUUCAAAUUGGCGUCUACGCUUCGCAACAUAUUUUGACAAAUUCCCGAUUACAAAUUUGAAACCUAAACAAAAGAACAUUCUAGAAUGGCUAAUAGAUGGUCUAGAUUUUAUGGAUUCAGUCUUUAAACCCGGAACUAACAUUCGGAAUACCCUGUGACGUGACCCCUAAUGGGAUGUCUUCAGAUCUUUGUUUAGUGGACGCGAGAACUAAGGUUUGAUUUUAAUGAGAUUUGGUUUUUAAUCACUAUUUUUGAACCUAGGUAGGUAGGUUUAUAGUUUCAAUGAGAAUAUUUUGAAGCUGAAAAAUGCCUGGAAGCUUUUUUCAAUAUGUCCUACACAGAACUAACCUGUAUAAAACUGGCAAGUGAUAAUGUCCGUUUCUGUUCACUUCUGCAUGCUGGGCAUGACUUCAAGAUGUGUGUAUAUUUGUUGUCGUUUUGAUACUGACAUUUAUGGCAGGCUUUUGGAGGUGUAGACUGUACAGCAUUUUCAUUUCAUUUUGCCGAUUCUGAAGUAGCAACACUUAAUUAAGCCCAAGACGAUCAGUGGACGACACUCAACUAUUUAUUUUUUAUUUUUUUUAUUUAUUUAUUUAGCCACGAGCCCAGAAAUUCAAGCCUGGUUCGGCAAGGGUGGAAACUGGACUAUAACAGUCAGUUAACUCCCUUGCCUCAGGAAGAUGUCGUCCAAAGUGAGAUGUGAACAAGCCUGAUAAUAAAUUUGUAGGCAUUUAGAAGAUGGUUAAACAUGAAGACAUCAAACUCUUUAUCAUAUAAUGGUUACUGUGAUCGAUGUGAUAAACCAGUCAGAUAACAUUGGUAUCACAAUCUGAUAAAUAUGUAAAUGAGGUCACUGAGCAGGAACUACUUUAUAAUGAUGUCAGUACAUUGAUCCGAUGUCUGCUUUCUCAAAACCCUUUCUAUACGGUUCACCAAAUUGUUUAGAAGUUCCCGGAUGUGUGAGCACUUAAGUAAAUUAACAUGGCUGCAAAUUAUUUGGCACUAUGUUAUGAAUAGGGCAGUUCACUCGUCUUUGUAUUCCUACACAAUUUCUGUAGUUACAUUUGUGAAUGUAAAUGUCUUAAACUUUGAUUAUUUCAGGAUUGACUUUAUGUGGGAAAGGGAUAAUUACCCUUGUGUACUUCCAUAUCAUAAAUAAAUAUUAAGAAUAAAAAGUAUGUAUUAUGCUCGCCAAGGGUUCACAUAAUACAAUUUUUGUUCCUGAUAUAUGAUAUUUACUAUAUGCAAAACACAUUUGGCAAAUAAUCUCUGUGUGGAUAACAACUCCUUUAUUGUUUAUAUCAACAUUUUCGGGCCAUUUCCUGCCACUUCACCUGUUGAAGGGGCAACAUAGCCCUGAAAUGUAUUGACAAACAAAAAACGUAUCCAUGAAAAGUUUCAGGUCUUCAUGUUGGAUCUUACUCCUUCAGAGUAUUGUAAGAAGUUAGAACUUGGGGGGCCCAGUCGUCUAAUUCACUGUGCAGAGUUAUGCCCCUUAGGCAUGCCAGAAACCUAUGAUCAUGGUUUAAAUCUCAGAUUCUCCCUGGUAAAGUUUCCAGGUUUGUCAGCACCAAACCAAUACGCGUGGGCUUCACUGAAUUCGUAAACAUUCAACUCACAUCACUUCAAACUUAACACCCAUAUUAUGUUGACGCGUGAUUAAACUGGAAAAGACGUCAUGAUAUAACUGAAAUACUGUUCAAAGCCUGUUACCGGUAUAUCAAACUGACAGGAAGCGAGGACUUGAAGAAUUGGCUGAUGUUAAUGACUGACAUAUGGUAGUACCUGGCAGGAGGUUGGCCUUGCUUGUUGGGAUUGUGUUGGCCUCGACUAGUCUUUUGUUCUUAGGUAGACGGGCCACGGAGAGGGCCGAGUUUUAUACUGGAUCCAAGGAGAUGUGUGUAUAUAUUAGCAGUCCAUUUGUAGAUAUGUAUGUGUACAGCUUAUUAGGGGAUUAUUUAUUGAUCUGUUUGUAAAUUUAUGAUCACAUAGAUUACUCAAAGUGCUUUUAAUUUUUUGAAAUUUAGAAAUAUUUGUGCUUGUGUUUUUGAAAAAAAAACUUUUUUUACAGAUUGUGUGCUGUGUACAUGUAACAUAGAUGUUGUCAUGUGCUUGUUGGUGUGCAGGAAAGUAUAACGAGUUAACUGUUUUGAGAAGGGUAUAAUUGCCUUAUACAAAAACGAUAUUCAUACACCUCGCACCAGAGGUUGUAUUUUGACCUAGAAAGAUAUAGCCACUGCAAAUAUGCAUUCUCAAAAUAUAUUUUCGGUGGCUACUACUGUCGUUCAAGCAACACUUUUGAUGAAAUUUACAAAGAUAUUUUGAUAUGAAUUAUUAUAUUAUUUCGUGUGCUUCAGUUUGAUGCAUGGCGAGGUAUUUCUACUGUCUGCAUGUUGACCAUGAUUACUACUAGUUUGUAUUGCCAACUUUCUCCAUGUUCAAACAGUGCUGUAUCUAUAGCAGUCCUUAUUUGCUGCUAUGCCACCACUAGCCAGCAAAAUAAAAACUGAAAAAUA